AUGGCGAAAAGAACGUUACUAAUGUUACCAGUUGUAACGUCACUGAUGACGUCAUUUGUGCGGAAAAAGGACAUCUGGAAGAAGGACUUUUGGGGAAGCAAGAUUCUCGAAGUUCCUAACAAUUAUGCCAAAUGUCAUAUAUGUAUGAUAAACCCUAAAGCGAGAGAAACAUCAAUGACGCAGAAACACGCAGCAAACUGUAGUCAGAAAAUCGAAGUAUGCAUAGCCUGCGAAAAGAACUCUUUUCUGAACCCAAUCACAUGUUACUGUGGAACAAAGUUAACACCUCUAAUAGGUAGUAGAUGUGGUGCAUUGCUGGUAGCAGGAAAUGAUACUAAUAACAAGUCGAUGGCAAAAGCACUGGCUAAAGAUAUAGAGGAAUUGAAGAAGUUGAUUACGUCACAGGCUCCACGUAUAAUGGGAAUAAGCGAGGACAAAGUCUGCACAGUUAUACCGAGUAUUCCAGAUAAUCCAGACAACCCCAAAUUUGAAGAGGAACAAGAACUGUGGCCGAAAGCGAAAGAACAUAUCAGACACUUUAGUAGAGAAACAGAAAUUGAUACAUUACUUAUUUAUUUCUCCUGUCAUGGUGCAAGCAACAUGGGUACUGGAGAUGCAAAAAAUCAUAAUGUCUUUAGGCUUGGGUCAGCUUCUGAUAACAUUACACUAGAUCAGUUUGAAAGUGAGUUGGAAAGUUUGGAAAAUAUUGAUAAGCUGAUCAUAUUUCUAGAUCGUUGCUUCCCUCCACUGGUACGUUUCAAGAAAAGGGACAGAAAAUUUAUUCAAAUAAAUGCUUGCAAACAGGACGAAAUGGCAUACAUCACAGAUUCUGGCAGCGUUUUUACAAAGUACAUUAUUCAAGGAUUGAAAGCCAAUUCAGAGAGAAAGAAAUGCUCCGACAGUAAUUGUCAGCACUGUGACGCCUACUGGUCAAACAAUUCUGGUUCUGAUUUCAUUUCAGUCUCGAGUCUCUUUGAUUAUGUCAAGAAACACAUGGAGGCAAUAAAAGGUCCGCUACCUGUCUCUACAUUGCAGACAGAUAUUCCGAACAUUGCGUUCUACACGGAUGAAGAGGUCAUUAUAGAAUUUACAUGUGAUGAAGAACAAAAACGAGUACCACUUGAAUAUCUUCAGAAUAUGGAACAGCUUCAGGAUACGCUGUACGAAGCGUUCAAACGUAAAUAA